AUGACUACUACCUUCCCGCUGGUGAUUUGGUGCGCUCUGGUGGCGUCAGUGGCGUCGGCCAAGACGGAGCGGGCGGUGCAGCGGCUCCCCUGUGACUCCGGCCAGUUCACAAGGGCCGGGGAGUGCUGCCUGGAGUGUCCACCUGGAGAGGGCGUGGCCAGGAGAUGUGGAGCCACUCAGACCCUGUGCGCCCAGUGUUUGGACAGUGAGACCUUCUCAGGAAACUACAGCCACACGGAGCAGUGCAGCCCGUGCACGGAAUGCACCGGUCUGAUGCGGCUGGAGACGCCCUGCACCGACUCCAACGACGCCAUCUGCGUCUGCAACUACAACUUCUUCUUCAACACCAUAUCUGGACGCUGCGAGUCGUGCACGGUGUGCCCGAUGGGACAAGGCGUGUACAGGAGGUGCGAGCACGAUCACGACACGGUGUGCGAGGAGUGCAUCGACGAAACCUUCUCGGACCGGGAGAGCUCCCUGGAACCCUGCCUGCCCUGCACCAUCUGUGAGGAGGAAACUGAGACCCAGCUGGCUGAGUGCACGCCCACCAGUGACUCGGUCUGUCACGAUCCUAACGAACCCACAUAUGAGCCUCCCACCUCCGACAUGGGACCGUCUCUGCCGUCAUACACCAACUACUUCCCCCCAGAUGGCUCGGACAGCCCGUUGCCCGGCGGAGAGACGACCACGUCAAGUGCCGGCUCUCCUCGCUUCCUUGGCCACGGCCUCAACGAAAACCUCAUCCCUAUCUACUGCUCCAUCCUGGCCGCGGUGGUGGUCGGCCUGGUGGCGUACAUUGUUUUUAAGAGGUGGAAUAGCUGCAAGCAGAACAAGCAAGCAGCGAAUAACCGAGCGGCCACGAGCAACCAGAUGGUGACGCCGGAGGGAGAGAAGCUGCACAGCGACAGCGGCAUCUCGGUGGACAGUCAGAGUCUGCAGGAGCAGCAGCAGCAGCAGCAGCAGCAGCAGCAGCAACAGGCCCAGGCUGAAGUCCAGACUCAGCCCUCACUCUCACACACACAGGAACAGAUAGUGGUGAGGGUGGACGGUGGCCCCCAGCCCGACUCACCUCCCCUGGAAGUCUGA